AAGCUUUGUCGGCUGUGAUACCAAUUUUCUUGUAGUACUUGUUAAAUAACGUACCAUUUCACUUGGCAACUCCGAAAAUUUCGUAAAUUCAUGGAACUUGACUUUAUAUAGACGAGAUAUCCAGACUACUUUGUCCCAUAGACUAGCUGGUUUUCUACUUUCUUGAUACUAUAUAAGGACCAUAAUCUAGCUGGUAUCAGCCUUAAAAAGUAGUUUAGUUGUGUUUGGCAUUUGGUUUAGCUAACACUUUAUCUUUAUUGAGCUGAAGCUUGGAUUAGAAACCCAAGUAAAAUUUCUAACAUCUUUGGCAGAAUGUUGCUUUUCUUGAUUUCUUGCUUCUCUGUUAUCCUAGUUUCCAAGUCAUUUUUUAGGCCAUUUGGGACUUGGAAGAGGGACAUGAGAAUGCAGGCGAGUCCUUGGUUUUUGGGGGAAGUGUCGAGAUUUUUGAUAUCUUGGUCUGCAAGAAGUAAGGCUGCCAGAGGUUUCUUGCAUUUUCUGACAUCAUCACUGAAGAAGAACGGUAAUGGAAAAGCAGAGAAUGUGAUGGUGGAGGGCCUGGAGGGAGAGGAAUAUACUUUACUGGAUUUGCCAGAUUUGGCUUUGGAAUGCAUUCUUGAGAGGCUUUCUCCAUUUCAGCUCUGUAGUAUGGCUGCAGUUUGCAGGUCUUUGAGUGAGAGGUGCAGCAGUGAUCAUUUAUGGGAGAAACACAUGAAGCAGAAAUGGGGUAGAUUGGUUGGUAAUGCAGCAUAUCAACAAUGGCAAUGCUACAUUGCUUCAAGAAACAGAGCUAAGCUACAGGAGAGUAAAAGGGGAAAAGGAUUACUUGGGUACUUUUCAAUCUUCUCUGAUAAGAUGUGGAAUAAUAGAUCAAGAGAAAAUGAGAUUGUUACUGAGCAGAGAAAUUCCUUGCCUGUAGAUUCUGUAAAGGCUUGGUAUCUUGCUAUUGAAACUGGGAAACUCCGGUUUCCAGCCCAGGUUUAUAACCGCGAGAAUGGCCAAGUUGGGUUUAUGCUCUCUUGUUAUGAUGCUGAAUUGAGCUAUGAUUCAAGCACAGACACCUUUAUUGCAAGGUACUCAGCACCUGGGCGAAGGCCGACAAUAGAGGACAACAUAGAGUGGAAUAGGAUAAGGGCACCAGCAGUUGAUGUCCCUGCACACGUCCUUCAUGUCUCAGAUUGUCUGCAUGAUCUGAAACCUGGUGAUCACAUAGAGGUUCAGUGGAGAAGGAACAGAGAUUUCCCAUAUGGUUGGUGGUAUGGAGUUGUUGGACACUUGGAGUCAUGCACAGGCCAGGAAUCUCAUUGCCAGUGUCAUCUGAAUGACAGUGUAGUGCUGGAGUUCAAGCAGUAUGCCCCUAGCUCGCGAUGGAGACAAACAAUCGUAAACAGGAGGGAUCACCGAGAAGUAGGCAAUGGAGCAGAUGGCUUUUAUGGAGGAAUCAGAAAGCUAUGCAAUGAAAAUGAGAUUUCAACAUGGAAAAGCCUUUGGCCAACCAGUACCUUAGAAUAGGAUGAGUGUAUGACUGGCUGCUUUGGCAUCUGCUGUGUAAAGAGGGUUUGUUGGCCCUUUACCAACUGUAAAUAGAAUGGAACAUAUGGAGGCCACUUGUAGAAGUUUUUAGUUCUGAGGCUUCAAUUUUGUCUGGUUUGAUGCAGAGGCCUUGAAGGGUUUACAAUGGUAAUGUAGAUCUUCUGCUAAAUAAAGCAAAUGCAGUCAUUUUCUCCAAGGAAUGACUAGCUUACACA